AUGGAACAUGUUCUAGACACCAGCCCCCUACCGUUGGUAGAGCGUACCAACCAGUUGGCACUUGAGGAGUUCAUUUCAUUGCACGUGCCACGCGAUGAACUCGCGUUUAAUAUCAGCGCAUCGACAGAGAAUAGAGCUACUGGGAAUCAUGAUCAAGAUCCAUUUCAGAGAGGGUUAGAUUAUAUACUGGAUAUUUACACCGCUGAAUCAAUACCGGCGGCCGACUUCGAGGCAUGCUUUAACCUCAUCCAACUAACGUCCUCAAGUGCCUAUACAGGGUCCAGUUUUGGAUGGUCCCCGUCAAAGAAGCGGAAGGAGAUGCGAUUGCCGGACAUGAGGUAUAUGAUCCUGCGAAAAGGUCUACGAGAUGUCUCCCCGAACCCCAGCGGACAUCCUCUAGGUUUUCUUUCCUUCAUGGUGACGUACGAAGAUGGGAAGGAGGUCAUCUACUGCUAUGAGAUCCACCUGGCUCCCGCAGUCCAAGGACAGGGACUGGGCGAGCAGCUGAUGCGGAGAUUCGAGAACAUUGGAAGACGAGUCGGUCUGGAGAAGGCCAUGCUGACGGUCUUCAAAUCGAAUACCCAGGCCAUGCGCUUUUACGACAAGCUCGGUUACACGGAGGAUGAGUUCUCCCCGAAGCCACGCAGGCUGCGAAACGGAUUGGUCAAGGAGCCGGAUUAUCGAAUCAUGUCCAAACCAUUGCGAGAGAUCGACAGAAAUUAUACAGACAGUUGA